AUGAAUUAUCUCGGCAAAAAAUCCAGGGAGUUGGAUUCUGUAUGUGUGCCUACCUUCAAGGUGUUGGGGGAAUGCACCGAAUUCUAUCAAAGAAUCAAGUUUCUCUUGCAGAGCUCAGAAUCUGUAUACAUGGCAUCAUUAUUUUUUGGACAGGGCGAUGAGAUGGAGGAUAUUCUUGACAUCCUUGAGGAAAGAAAAAGAAGAGGACUCACAACAGUUAUAUUCAUCGAUAAGAACAGGGGCGCUGCGGGCCACGGGCUUGAAUUCAUAAGGAAAAGGAACCUUGAGUCAAUCUUCCACCUUGUUGAUCUUUCCACCUCAAGCCUGCUUCCUGCUAAGCUUAACGAGCUACUCAGGGUCUUUCAUACAAAGGCACUGGUCUUUGAUGAUCUGACCAUACUAUCUGGGGCAAACAUGGACACAUCAUAUAUGGUGAGCAGAGUAGAUAGAUAUCUCGAAAUCCAGAGCAAGGAACUGACAGACAUGAUUAAAGCAAAGGUCUUUGGCAUCAAGCCCCCCUCAGAUGCUAGGCAUACUCCGUCCAAAGACCUUCCUGUGUAUGUGGGGAUGUUUAAGGAGCAGGAGGAACCAUCUGUAGUUCAAUCAUUUUUACAAGACUUUGGCGAGAUACAUAUUUCUACAGGGUAUUUGAACUUCCCAAAAAACUACUUGAGGAUGUUUAGGAACAGGAGUAUAUCUUUGUAUGCAGCAUGUCCAGAUGAAAACUGCUUCAACUCGUUUGGAGUCAUGGAUAGAUUCAUAGGCCCAAUCUACUCAUAUAGCUUCUACAGGACUCUUGAAUGUAUCCCGACUCUCUCCAUUCAUGAGUUUAGAAGGAACGGAUACUCAUUCCAUCUGAAAGGGCUUUGGGGAUUCAAAGAUGGAAUGGCUGCAACGAUCGUGGGCUCGUCUAACUUCAACAGGAGAAGUACAGAAAGAGAUGACGAAACAAAUUAUUUGAUAAUUACAUCAGACCCAGGGCAUAUCCAGAAGCUAAGAAAGGAGGUGGAGUAUCUUAGGGCCAGUUCAGUUCCGAGAUCUCUCAAGGAACUUAGAUGGAAGACAUACAGAUUGAUUGUGGUUCUGUUUUUUUUCAUCUUCAACAGGUUUCUCUGA